GCCAAACACUACUACAAAAUGCAUAGUUUUUGGACGCUGGCAACUCGACGCCUCUGUGUAGGUGUUGGAGGAAAUAUUGAUUUCCGCUUUUCUCACGACGCCUUUUGUUGUCUAGGUAUUUCUCGGCAGCUUACCGCGUCCAGAUUUUACGUGUUUUGCACGUGAAAUAAUUCCAGGCCCAACUUAUCUAUCGUUUCAUGUUCCAACCCUGUCUAAAUCCCAAAACUGCUCCUCCAAUACUCACCUUAUUCUCUUUCUCUCAUGCCUCAACCGAUCAUAAAUUGGAAAUUGAGCAGAUAAAAAGCUUGAAGAAGAUUUUUUUUUUCUUUCAUACGCUUCUCUGGGAUGGAAAGUCAGUUCGUCGAAGCUUGGCGAGGAUUUUCUGUUGUCUCGUCUCCAGUUAUGGGCUCUCAAAUUUUAAAGCGCUGAACAAGAAAUUUUUGAGAUUUUGUUGGAGCAAUGUGAGAUUAAGCAUCAGAAAGCAUGUGGUAAUAGGCAGCCUGAAAUUUUGAAGUCUUCGCAAUAUAUCCACCUGAAGAGCCCUGAAAUAAUUUGAGCUUCCGAAGGAAGAUGGAGCUCUGAAUAUAAACUUUCCAGUGAACAGAUAUGCACAAUUGCAGAUAGGGAUGGAAAUUUUCUCCGAAGGACAACGACGAUCAGGACUAGAUUGCAAUGUAGUAUACCAGGAACCAGGAUUCUGCUGAAUGUUGCAGUAAUGGAAUGUCACCCGAUUAUCUUGACAAAAUGGAUUAUCAGCUAGCCUGCAAAAUAAUGGACAUGCCAUCAGUACAGUAAGAACUGAAUUCACAUAAGGAGUAAUAAUGAUAAAGUGAAAAUCUAUUUUAUUAUCUUUAACUGUUAGAUAUCAGUUUUGUGCUAAACUUGUUAAUCAUGAAACAAGAACUUUAAAACACGAGACUACAUUGGUGAUGAAAAUAACUUUCAUAUGUACUCACCCAUAUCUUUUUCCAUGUUCUCUUCCACUCUCUAUAUUUUCUGCUGACUUAAGCAUACUUGGCUUUUGACAAUAACCCAUAACUACUUGGAGAGCUAGGAAGGCUUCUCAGUUUUAUUUGUUUUAUUUUUAUAUGUUGUCUUUUUUUUUGAGGGAAUGUUCUUCUGUCUUUUUAAAAUUCUUUUUAAAAUUCUUGCAUAAUUGUAUGAUAUUAUACUUCUGUCCCGUCCAAUCGUCCAUUGAUUGUCUUGACCAUUACUCCGUAUGUGGUACUGGUGCUCUCUAAGUGUGUUAUGUGUUUCAUAAUGAAAAAAUGUUAGUU